AUGCUGCGCCUGCGAAGCUGCGUCCUCGCCGGCGGGGGCAGGGCGUCCCUCCUCCGAGCGGCGACGGGUGUCAAUAGCCGGUGGGCGUCGUCCACGCCGCGGCGGUCCGCCCCCGAGGGGUCGGGCGAGGAGAAACCUGGGCAGGCCGCGAAGAACAAGACGAGACGGGGCCCCGCCAAGGGGCCGCAAUUGGGCGAGAGCCCGGACGCGACGCUGGGUGAGGCGGAGGAGAUUGGUGGCGAGCACCGGUUCGCGUCCAUGGGGGAGGAGGCGGAGGCGGAGGCGGAGGAUCUCGGAGGCCUGGGGGAGCGGGAGAGCCUCGAGGACGCGGCGGGGGUGGUGAGGUCGGUGCUCGAGGGGAGGGACAUCUCGGUGGAGUCGCUCAACGGGGUCAAGGUGCCGGAACCGAAGCCGAGAAGGGGCGGAAGCCAAAAGGAGAAGGAGACCAAGGUCAAGAAGGCCAGGUCGACCAAGCCCAAGGAGGACCUGGAGGUGCAUACGGUGUCGGCGCCGAGCCUGAAGCUGCAGCCGAUACCGCAGGGCCCGCUCAAGGUCCCGCGGCUGUCGUACCACCUGGACCGCACGCUGUUCAAGCCGGGCGUGUACCCGCUGCAGGACCCGCGGUCGCGCGUGUACAACUUUGACCCGUACCUGACCACCAUCAUGCCCAUUGAAGAGUUCGACUUCACCGCGCUCAAGGCGUUUGUGUCCGGGUCGACGUCGAGCAUGAGCACGAUGCUGUCGCACUUCCACUACCUGCUGUCGGCGUGGCGGCCCAUCAACCCGGCGCACACGUCCAAGGGCUUCGUGCCGGAGAGCACCAAUUUCACGCGGCUGCUGCGGGCGCCGGCGGCGACUUUCCUGCACUGGAAGAACGGCAUCUACGCCAUCGACGCGGACAAGCAGUUCGACACGGCCAACAUCCUCAGCAUGCUGGGCAAGUCGAUGGAGAAGCUCCUGACGCUGCCCAAGGAGGAGUACGAAAUGUACAGCCGGGCCAAGUCGGACCAGCUGACGGACGAGCAAAAGAAUGCCGAGGAGGCGUUCCACUACACGACGCUGGGGGACUUUAUCCUACGGUCGCAGCUAGACGCGCACGACCCGCGGCUGCCCAACUCGGGCAUGUUCGACAUCAAGACGCGGGCGGUGCUCGCCAUCCGCAUGGACGCGCAAGACUACCAAAAGGGGCUGGGGUACGAGAUUCGGUACAAGUACGGGCAGUUUGAGUCGUUUGAGCGCGAGUACUUUGACAUGAUUCGGUCGGCGUUCCUCAAGUACUCGCUGCAGGUGCGCAUGGGCCGGAUGGACGGCAUCUUUGUGGCGUUCCACAACACGCAGCGCAUCUUUGGGUUCCAGUACAUACCGCUCGAGGAGAUGGACAUGGCGCUGCACGGCACGCAGACGGUGCACCUGGGCGACCAGGAGUUCCGGCUGAGCGUGCACCUGCUCAACGAGCUGCUGAACCGGGCGACGGCCAAGUUCCCCGGCAAGUCGCUGCGCAUCCACGUGGAGACGCGGCCGACGAACCCGCCGCUGCUCUACUUUUUCGCUAAGCCGGUGACGGACGAGCGCAUCAAGGUGGCGCAGUCGAUGCGGCGCACCGUCGUGGACAAGUUCGAGAAGGAGAUGAUGGGCAUCGUGCGCGAGGAGGAGGAGGCGGCGGACGAGCUGAUGGAGGAAGAAGAGGAAGAGGAAGGGGAUGACGAGCAUGGACCGGGGGCGGGUGUGAUGGGAUACUCGGAGGCGCGGUACUCGGACGGGCUCAGCCUGGCGGUGUGGAUGGAGAUGAACCAAAAGGCCGAGGAGGCGGUCAAGAGCGACGAGCUGGGUGUCGGGUACGUGCGCAGGAACAUCGAAGAGGCGCUGGAGCAGAGCGGUUUGGUGGAGGGCAAGACGCCCGAGGAGGUGCGGGCGUACGUCGACACGCUGCUCGAGACGCUGACGGAGGAUGCUGUCGGGGAGGAGGCGGGUCUGGUGGAAGAGCAUGGUGAGGUGGACGCGUACGAGGAGCUUGUGAUUGAAGAUCAAGAGCCGGCGUCUGCAUCGCCAUCGUCGUCGUCGUCGUCGGCGGCGGCGGCGCGCGCGGCGGGCUCUGGCACGGCCGAGGCCAACGUCGAGGGCGGGGAAGCGCGGGACACGGCGCUCUCCUCUGGAGGAGAAGGAGAAGAAGAAGGGAGCAUAGAGAGCACCGUGGAUGGGGACUUUGAGAGCAACUCGACGCUCAAGGACCUGAUUUUGAGGCUCGCGGAGCAGGUCGACGACCGGCCGACGCUCACCCCGGAGGAGGAGUCGAUGCUGGAGGAGCAGCAGCCGAUGCCGAAGCCGUCCAAGCUGCAAAAGUUUGAGCGGGUGCUCUCGGAGCUUCUGGCUGAUUCGAGCGAGUCUGGCGCCACGUCGACUUCUUCCGCUGAAGGUUCUACGGGUGCUUCUACGACUAUUGACGAUGCUACGACCGCGACUUCUACCGCCGAGGGUGUUGGUUCCGAUGCUGCCUCCUCGUCGCCAUCCUCGCCCUCGUCUUCUACCUCAUCUUCUUCUCCUUCUUCUUCUUCGUCGUCAACUUCGUCCUCAACAUCCUCACCCGGAUCCACGGCCGAGUCGGGCGAGUUUGAAGAGUUCGACGUGGAGGACAACGACGAGCUCCUGGGCAUGAUCCUAACGGUGCGCAACAAGGUGGACGGACAGUACGUCACACGGCCGACGUUUGAGAGCCCCGCGCACCGGUGGUCGGUAGAGUACUCGAUCCAGACGAUGAACGCGCAGCGGGCGCAGACGCUGUACCGGCACGUCAAGGAGCGGCGGCGGCGGGUCCUGAGCGCGGACACGGACCGCGACAGGCAGUGGCACGUCAUGUACGGCAGGGCGCUGCCGCGGCUGAGCAGGGCCGGGUCGCGGUUCCGCAACCGGCUGGACAAGGAGACCAAGGGAAAGCCGGUGCACGUGGUGGAUAGCGAUGAGCCGCUGCCGUGGAAGACGGUGUUUGGGGCCGCGGGGGGAAUGCGAAGAAGAAGAAGGAGCGACGCCCUCGGCGACCGUCAAGCUCGACAACGUCUCAGUAACCAAAGGCCGCGUCCACUACUACUCUUCCAAAAGGAAGAGUACGCCUCCAUCAAGUUCUCCCUCGACGCCGACCUCUCCUCCCUCUUCACAUGGAACACUAAGCAGCUCUUCGUCUACGUCACCGCCGAGUGGCCCGACCUCUCUGCCGGCGCCGGCGCCAACGCCACCAACUCCGCCGUCAUCUGGGACUCCAUCAUCACUAGCCCCAGCUCCGACCACCUUGCCAAUGUCGGGCCCGCCACCAUGAAGAAGCUCAAGAAGAGCGCUGCGGGCAAGAGCAUCGAUCCUAGCCGCGGCAUCCUCAAGCUCCGCAACCAGCGUCCCAAGUACCAAAUCACCCACCCUCCGGAAAGGUCGCCCAGCUCGAAAACGUCAAGCUCCGCCUCCACUACAACGUCCAGCCCUGGGUCGGCGCUCUCACCUGGAACCAGGAGCGCGUCUACGGCAAGUGGGAAGCCCUCAAGGGCGGCGUGA